CAUUGUGCCAAAAAAAUUAAAAAAAAGGAUACGCGUAUUAUAUAUAGCCUACGUUACUGGUUGGCUCACAUCCAGCGGAGAGAUAUCGCUGACUUCUUGGCCGAGACCUGGCUUCCACUCAAUUCCCCCAAGGAUAGCGAAUGGCGGCCACAGCUGCUCCCUCCACUUCACUGCCAACUCCUCGAUGCACCUCCUGGAGAAAUAUCUUUCCGUCACCGGCGAAUACGCCCAGGAGUGUUAAUGUAUUCAAGUACCCAAGUGGACGAACUCAGAGGGCUGCAGCUGGCCGGCUGGAAUCGCCGACCAGCACGGACCGGAGCAUCGGAGUCGUCGGCACAGACGAAGAAGGCGAUCGAAUUAGAAGACUACAGAAUGGAUCUGAUGUGCGUGGCGUUGCACUCGAAGGUGAGAAGGGACGCACGGUGGACCUCACACCGCAGGCAGUCGAGGCCAUUGCAGAGAGCUUUGGAGAGUGGAUAUCAGAGAACUCAAGAAAGGAGCAAGGACAGGAUGAAAAGAUCCGGGUGUCGGUCGGCCGAGACCCUCGCAUAUCGGGGCCAAGGCUUGGAGCAGCAGUAUUUGCCGGGCUGGCGAGAGCUGGGUGCAUGGUGUUCGACAUGGGCCUGGCGACGACUCCGGCAUGCUUCAUGAGCACUGUUUUGCCUGGCUUUGCCUACGAUGCCUCCAUUAUGAUGACAGCGUCGCACCUGCCGUACACUCGGAACGGGCUCAAGUUCUUCACAAGGAAAGGAGGGCUGAGCUCGAGCGACGUGGAGGAGAUUUGCGAGAGAGCUGCCCGGAAGUACACGGCUAGAAAGAUGGAGCUCGGAGGAGGAGGAGGCGGCGGCGGCAUGACACCGGCGGCGACUCGAGUGGAUUUUAUGAGUGCUUACGCACAGCACCUACGCACGAUCAUCAUGGAGCGGAUUAACCAUCCUUCUCAUUACCACACCCCUCUCAAGGGAUUCAAGGUGAUAGUGAACGCCGGAAACGGCUCCGGCGGCUUCUUCACGUGGAACGUCCUGGACAAGCUGGGCGCGGACACCUUCGGCAGCCUCCACCUGGAGCCGGACGGCAUGUUCCCCAACCACAUCCCCAACCCGGAGGACCGAACCGCCAUGUCCCUCACCCGCGCCGCCGUCCUCGAGCACGGCGCCGACCUCGGCAUCGUCUUCGACACGGACGUCGACCGCAGCGGGGUGGUCGACUCGAGCGGCACCGCCAUCAACGGCGACCGUCUGAUCGCGCUGAUGGCGGCGAUCGUGCUGAGGGAGCACCCAGGGACGACGGUGGUGACGGACGCGAGGACCAGCGCGGCGCUCACACGAUUCAUCACGGCGAGAGGGGGACACCACUGCCUCUACCGGGUGGGGUACCGGAACGUCAUCGACAAGGGGGUGCAUCUCAACCGGGACGGCGUGGAGACGCACCUCAUGAUGGAGACCACCGGCCACGCCGCCCUCAAAGAGAAUCACUUCCUCGACGAUGGGGCAUACUUGGUGGUAAAAAUUAUAAUUGAGAUGGUCCGUAUGAAAUUGGCCGGAUUGGAUGAAGGAAUCGGCAGUCUCCUCAAAGAACUUGAAGAACCCGAGGAGUCGGUGGAGCUUAGGAUGAACAUUCUGGCCCAACCCAAGUAUGCCAAGGAGAAGGGCGCCGAAGCAGUCGAGACCUUCAGGAAGUACAUUGAGUGGGGCCACCUUCAAGGAUGGGAGCUUGAUACCUGUGGAGAUUGUUGGGUGAGCGAGGGAUGCCUUGCUGAUUCUAAUGAUAUACCGGCUGCCAUUGAUGCACAUAUGUACAGGGCAAGAGUUUCAGAUGAGGUGCACGGGCAGCAUGGUUGGAUACACCUUCGUCAGAGUGUUCAUAACCCAGACAUUGCGAUAAAUAUGCAAUCUUCGGUUAUAGGUGGCUGUCGAGCCAUGGCAAAAGUUUUUCGAGACAGGUUUUUGCGAGCAAGCGGAUUGGAAAUAAUUCUUGACAUCACUCAAAUUGACGAUUAUGUUGAGAAGGGGACUUAGACUGAUUUGGACCUCAAAACACUUCUGGAAAGUACAAGUUUAUUUGCAGCAGUUGUAAAUAAUACGAAGCAAUAGAUGAUACAUAUUUUUGUUAUUUUAAGUAAUCUUAUCGAGCAUGUAAUGAAUCAACCUGUGGUGUUGUUUUGUUGAACGUAAAGAAACGAUGGUCGAUGAAUCGCAUUAAUCAUUUGACUCUAA